CUGCGCACGCCUUACCUUCAUACAGCUGAUCGGCAGGGGUCCCGGGUGUCGGACCCCCGCACUGACUGGUUAAUAAGUGGGUUAUAAAGAUGUCACCUUGUUUGUCCCCUGCCCCCAGAACAGGCGACAUAUAUGUGCACGCCGACUUGCACGGGGCCACCAGCUGCGUCAUUAAGAAUCUCACAGGUGAGGCAGUGCCCCCCCGUACCCUAACUGAAGCUGGCACCAUGGCCGUGUGCUAUAGUGCCGCAUGGGAUGCCCGGGUCAUUACCAGUGCCUGGUGGGUCCAUCAUAAUCAGGUGUCAAAGACGGCUCCAACUGGAGAGUACCUGACCACCGGCAGCUUUAUGAUCCGAGGAAAAAAGAACUUCCUUCCACCCUCUUACCUGAUGAUGGGGUUCGGCUUUCUUUUUAAGGUUCGGUCUUCCCCAACGCAUAAAGUCCGAUCGCGGAAGUCAUUUCACUAGUGAGGUGAUGACAAAAACGUGGGAGAUACUGGGAGUAGAAAGGAAGCUGCAUAUAGCUUACCGGCCAGCCUCUAGUGGUGGAGUGGAGUGCUACAACCAAACAAUUGUUAACAUUCUAAAGAAAUUUGUCAAUGAAUCCGGUAAGGACUGGGAUGUAAAGUUGCCUCUGGUUCUCAUGGCCAUCAGAGCCACUCCAAGCGCAGCAACCAAACUUUCUCCCUUCGAAAUGAUCACAGGAAGGAAGAUGGUGUUACCCCAGCAUUUACUCUACCGGACAACAGACCAAAAUUUGAUAAAUGCUUCAACAGCCCAUCAGUACAUAGAGAAUCUACGUAAGCACCUUCAACAUGCUUUUGCAUUUGCCCUGAAGAAUCUGGAGAAAGCAGCCAUAAGCGCCAAAACCUACUAUGAUCUGAAGACUACUCAAAAGGAGUACCAAAUUUCCGAUCAGGUUUAUCUCUAUAACUUCGCCCGGGACCAGGUGAAGGAAAAGAAGUUUCUGCCUUCCUGGAAGGGACCCUAUGUCAUCAUUGACAAAUUGUCACCUGUGGUCUACAGAAUCAAAAUUCCAAAGGGGGAUGAAUUUAUAGAGAAAUGGGUGCAUAUUAAUCAAUUACGUGUUUGUCAUCCUAGGUCACAACUUCGCCAAAUGGAAGGAUUGCCGGAUGAUGAGGAGUAAAGAGAUAUCAAGGUUCCAGCUAAAGACGGAUGAACAUAUAGUAUGAACAUACAAAUGUACUAACCUAUCCUCAUGUAUUUUUCUCUGUAACUAAUUAUCUCUUGACUCACUUUUGUAUCGAGAACUUGCUCUGUCCAAGAAAAGAAACGAUGCCAAAUCAAAGAUGUAUGGUCGUAUUAACUCUUCUUGCAGGAGUGAUAAAAAGUGGAAGAAUUAUGUACUUAUAUUUGUCAUACAAUAUAUUUCAGGCGCAAGAUGGCAUUGAGUGUUGUUGCCAUUGUCUACAUCAUCCUGAUCUUGGGGAAGGAGUUCCAGGCCGAGCCGAUUGCUGUACCAGGCCCUUCAUCUGGGAUCAUGCUACAGGAUACCGCGGGAUUCCUCUUGACGAAUAAGAGGAUUCUAUCCCAAAAGAUCUAUGUCAGUUUGGAUCCACGUGUCUUCAUUGAAAGACAGUUCAACAUUUCCGAGAUUUCGUCUCCGGAGAUAAAGAUUUGGUAUCAAAUGCACAUCGGCUAUUCCCAAGAAAGGAUUACACAGAUCCUGGAACAGACAAGGAAAACCAUGACUAGAGAACAGUUUUCAACAAGUCGACAACCAAAGCGGUUCGUUUCUGCGAUUACAGCUGCCAUAAUCUUUGCCGUAGUGGGCACUGUCAUUGCACCGGUGUAUCAGCUGUUAAUUCCAUCUCCAUUAAGACAUUGGAACUUGAGAUUGGUUCACUGAAAAGGAACCUAAUGAGUAUUCACGCAGAGAUGGAGAAUCAGAAAAAACAUUUUUCGGACUUAUAUUCCGUUGUAGAGGGUACUGUCGUUACCACCGACUUACACUCAAAGUUAUUGACUCAUUCAAUAAAUCUUCAUGAGAGUCACGAACAGUUUAAACAAGAACUAAUGUCUCUGAAGAAUCUGAAUGAAAAGCCAUUUGUGACAUUCCAAUGUAGUCCAACUUCUCUAUUGGAUUACAUUGUAAUGAAGGGGGAUUUGUUGUGCUUUUUCAUAAGUGUAAACAGUUAUAUCUACUUAUUUUAGUUAUAAUGGGUAUUCAUUGCCUUUAAGAGCAAUGUUGAUUUAUAUUCACUGUUUUGUAUGG